UAUUCCCAAUAAUUCGUACAAAAAUAUUUUUUUCUUAAUACAAAAUAAAGUUUUUUGAAGGAACAUAAAUAAUAACAACACCUCUAUUGCCCUCAAGUCAACAUGCCAAAUCUGGACAUUUACAAGCGGACCUGCACGAAGGCACAGCAACUAUGGAAAGAAGUGGACAUCACGCAGUCCGACGUUGACAUCGAACCGGAUGUAGAGCCAGAGGCUGGCGAAGAAGAGCAACAGCUGGAGCUACCUAUAGAAGAUGAGCUCGAUUGUUGCAAAGUGAUGGCCGAAUUGGAGUGUAUGAAGCGACGCAUACUCAGGUUACAGUUGCGCUUGAAAACGGAGGACACCUGCACGGAAGAGCCGUGCGUCAAUCCACAACUCGAAAUUAGCUGCUCCGUCAAUCCAGAGAUCUGUGAACUACAAAAGAAUCAUCACAAGCUACAGUGUCAAAUCAAUGAACUCAUACGCUGUUGCAAUGUGGCCAAGGAUCAAAUAGAAGAUUUGCGUGCUCGCCUCUGUCAAAAGUCACGAGAAAUACUGGAACUACAGAAGGCGGUAUGUCUACUGGAGGCUUGGCGAAAUACUUUACAACAUGAAUUCGGUGUGUGCUAUGAACGUUUUCAGUACCUGAAGCAUGUGAAGGCGGAGUGGGAGGAUGUGGAGCAGAAAAUUGACGAGCAAAAGCAUUGCUAUCAAGAGUUGGAGAAGAAUUUUGUGCCGAAAAAGUGUUUCUUGAAUGAGAAGCGGCAAUUCGUUGAUGAAACCACACAAAUGCGUGAGCUACUGCAGGAGAUGUUUCAAAUCCAAACGGCGCGGUUCGAUGCUCUGGAGCGGCGCAUGGAAAGUGUUGAGGUCACAAUGGCAGCGCCGGACAUAGCGAGCAGCUUGAAGCAGGCAAGCAAAGAGAAGGGCAAUCGUUUGAGCAGAGGCAGCAGGGACAGCAGAGUUAGUAAGGGGGAGAAGUAACUUAUUUUAACUUUUUAUAUCAAACAAAAUUUUGUGUGAAAAGGAAAUAAAAAUGUACUUUUAAGUUUUUUUCAAGCUGCA